CUUUGUAAUAUUCCAUAACUCUGUUUUAUUAUAAAUAUAUACUCAAGGCACCCAAUAGGGUAAGCCAUUGUUUCCCAAAACUAUUGUUUCCUAUAUGGUAUCAGCUGCCUAGGUUUUCUCCAUCCUAUGGCCGGUACCCCUAUUUCCGCCAUCAUGACUGGCGUUGUCGAUCCAAGGCAGGCGCCCAUCUCACCGGAGCAGCCGCAACACAUUGGACCUCAGGCGCCCACGCAGCCGGUGCUGCCUUCGUCCGCGAUAAUCAGCCCCCUCGGCAGACCUGCGGCGACCUUCGAGACGGGCUCGAGCAGUGUCGUUCCCACCACGGCUUCAGGUGACGUCGCUGCAUCUCGGUCACCCCUCACACCGACUUUUCGUCCAAGGCUAUCGCAGUUUCCAUCCCUAGAAUCCUACAGCUUGUUCAAUAUGCCGGAACCUUUUUCUUGGACUCCUACCGUAAGCCUACCACCGCCUCCAGUGCUGACGUCGCUAGCUUCUAAUCCGGUCAUCGGUGCACCUCCUAUGCCGUUUGCGGGACCCACCUUUUCAGGCCAGGCCGGUGUACACCCUUUGCUGCCCGGACAGUCUUCAACAGCCCCAGGUUCGGCCCCUACUUCAGGUUUACUCUCCACUUUGUCAUCACAAUUGGUGUUUUCAACACCAAACGUGACCAAUAUUGUUACUACCCGUUUCUCUGCUGUGGAGGAUUAUUUACCAUGGCGAACACAAUUUGAAUCUUUCCUUGUAUCCCACUCUCUACUCGGGAUCGUGGAUGGUUCAAUUGUUGUUCCUUCUCCUGCCGAUCCAGAUUAUCAUCAUUGGCUUAAAAUUGAUCAAACAGUGCGUUCUUGGAUUUUUGCUACACUUGCAAGAGAUAUUUUAAUGGAGGUAUAUGAUUUAAAGUUUUCACAUUUAAUAUGGGUGCGCCUUGAACAUCGGUUUUCACAAGUUUUCACAUUUAAUAUGGGUUUAUGUCUUUCUUCGCACCAAAACUAUUGUUUCCUAUAAUAAGUACCCACUUGUUUUUGAAACAUCUUGCCAUUUGCUUAAUUUUAUAUAUAUAUAAAUACAUGUCUCACCUCACAAUCUUCUCACACUCAAUCCUCAUCAUUUCUCUAUACACUCUAAUAUAUUCCUUUAUCAUGAGUUCUUAUCCCGAUAUGUCAGCAGCCUUAGAUGAGUAUGAUGAUUGUGAGGCCGACACUCAUCGUAUGAGAAUGGCUGUUAUGAUGACACUUGUUUCUUCAAGCUCCGGUGGUCACCGUGAGUACAUUGACCGAGGCAGGGAAGAAGGCCACCAACAUUUGAUGGAUGACUAUUGGAGUCCAAAUCCAACAUAUAACGCUCGCAUAUUCCGGCGUCGUUUUCGCAUGCAACCGACUUUGUUUGAUCGAAUAAUGAAUGAUGUCGUCGGAGCCUAUCCUUUCUUCGCACGAAAAAAAGAUGCACUCAAUAAGGUAUCACUUUCUCCUUACCAAAAAAUUACUAGUGCCAUAUUCAUGCUAGGAAAUGGCUGCUCUGCCGAUUCGUUAGAUCAGUUGUGUCGUCUAGGGGAGAGCACGACUUUGUCGUGCUUGAAGAAAUUUUGUAAGGAAAUUAUCGGAAUAUAUGGUUCUUGGUACUUGCGAACACCAAACCCCAAUGACCUCCGUCGUCUUCUUGAGAAGGCUACAAAAAGAGGUUUUCCCGGAAUGAUUGGGUCCAUCGACUGUAUGCACUGGGAAUGAAGGAAUUGUCCUACGGCAUGGGCGGGACAGUUCACUGGGCACAAGCACAAACCAACUAUUGUGCUUGAGGCCGUAGCUUCGUACGACACAUGGAUAUGGCAUGCAUUUUUUGGGACGGCGGGUUCAAAUAAUGACCUUAACGUACUUGCAUGCUCUCCGGUUUUUGAUGCUGUUGUUAAUGGAUGUGCUCCUCAGGUAAGUUACAUGGUCAACAAUAACAUCUAUAAUCAAUGUUAUUAUUUAGCCGACGAAAUCUAUCCCACAUGGGCUACUUUUGUUAAAACGAUUAGUAACCCCGACACCCCCAAGAAACGCCUCUUUGCUGCUAAGAGGCCUAUCGCAAAGAUGUGGAAAAAGCGUUUGGCAUUUUACAAACGCGAUAGGCUGUCGUACGAGGACCCGGUCGAAUGUAUCAAACGCAGACAUUACGUGAUAUAAUGCUGACAUGCAUUAUUUUACACAACAUGAUUGUAGAAGAUGAGUAUGAAGAAACAGAUGAUGAUGCAAGUACUCAAGACUAUAGUGCGCAAUAUGACUAUACUGUUCCGCACAUUGAGUUUGAUCUUAAUCACGAUGCCCCAACUUUGCACGACUACAUGAUGCGACAUAACCGCAUCAGGAGCACUGUGGUGCACACUGCUCUUAAAAGUGAUCUCGUGAAUCAUUUGUGGGGCCAUCACGGGAACGAAAUGUAGUGUGUUACUUUUAUGUUAUUUACUGUUUUUCAUUCGUUUCAGUUCAAUAAUGCUACUACUAUUAGUAGCUUCCCGAAAUGUAGUGUGUUACUUUUAUGUUAUUUACUGUUUUUCAUUCGUUUCAGUUCAAUAAUGCUACUACAAUUAGUAGCUUUUUUCAUUAUUGUAAUGUAUUAGGAUUUCUUCCUCUUUUUUAAUUAUAGUACCG